CAAGCAGCCUGCACAUAAGGCUGGGGCCAGAGCACACAGAAACUGUGUGUGUGCGUGUGGAGUGACUGCGCAUGUGUGAUGCAGGCUGGAGCCCACGGUGGAGGCUGGAGACAUGAGCAGCAGCUGAGAAGAGGAAGAGAAGCGGGACAGGCGUGAAGAAGACUGCACUGGGGCUCAGAUAAAUGGAGCCAAGAAGAGCAAAGGAAACAGUGAAGCAAUGCUCAAAUAAGCACAGCUCAAGCAGCUAUCAACCCUUGGCUGUUUAGGAGGACUGUCUUCUCCACUCCGUCCAAACAGGAAUUUAGAAGCUUUGGACCAAAUGAGUCAUUCCAGCAGCUCUUUACUACACCUCCCUGUUCUUAUCAAGAAGGUUUAGGAGGGUCAGAGGAGGUCAGCUGACCACCCUCAACCCAGCAACCAGAGAAGGAGAAAGCAGUCACCCAGGCUCACCAAAAACAGGAAGUUAAACAUUCUUUCAUGCAAGAAAGAAGCAGGAGUUUGCCCUGAUCGCCAACUGGACACAGUUAAAGACAACAUCGUCUGGACAUCUGUGGACUGUCAACAGCAUACCCCUUCAGACUAUAAUAACCUCUGUACUGUAUGUGUACAUGUGAAGUGUGUGCAUUGCUUAUUCGUGUUAUGAGUGAGAUGUGCUGAAGUGGUCCUCUUUUUAAAUCUCUGCAAAUUGCCAUCAGAAACUGCACAGACCCUGAACAAGACUACAUAGGUACUACCACUGUUAUCUAUACAAAGUUGGUGCUAUUUCUGGUGCUUCAACUGCACUAAACAUUAAAAGGACUGAAACAUGGACAAAGUCUUGCGCCCUCAUGUCCCAUCCAAUGGCUAACUUCAGAAAAAAAGACAUCCUGUGGUCCCUUGAACUCUAAGCUGAGCCAAAAACACUUUCUCUUUAACCACCAACUAAAGACUGCGAAUGUCCUGCCUACGGCGCCAGCCGGUCACCAUCCCCAUGGAUACUGUCAAAAUCAUCCAAUCAGAGAAGUUUCCCCGGGAGUGCCCUGUGCCAGUCACCCAACCCCGCUAUGCCCCGCCCCCCAGAGUUGCCUGGGACGGUGGUGGAGAGGGGGAGAUCAUUGUGAAUCAGGCCUGCAGUGAUCUAACCCUGGACCUAACCGGCUCCCCCAGGCCCAUGUUGCCUCCUCCGGCCCCAAUGAUGCGCAGGGAACACAGCUUCCUGGCGCAGCGAAAAUCCAGUGCCAAUGAGAUCUGCUACCACCAGUUCCACUACAAUAUGGACGACGUCAUAGUGAACCAAUACGUGCUGCGCUCCUCCUCCACCUCCUCCUCUACUUCCUCCUCCUGUUCGUCCUCCUCGGGGCCAGUUAUGCCGUGUGAACCCCUGGACUGCCCCACCUGUGGGCACACCUACAACUUUGCAGGGAAGCGUCCGCGGAUCCUGUCCUGUCUGCACUCAGUGUGUGAGGAGUGCCUGCAGAUCCUGUAUGAGUCCUGUCCCAAGUACAAGUUCAUCUCGUGCCCCACCUGUCGCCGGGAGACGGUGCUGUUCACUGACUAUGGCCUGGCUGCUCUGGCCAUAAACACCAGCAUCCUGAGUCGGCUGCCCACUGACCCAAACGGGCCAGUGCAGUGGGGGGGUGAGGCGGACCGCAGCUGUUAUCAGACUGUGCGCCAGUACUGCCAGUCAGCCUGCACUUGCCACAUCACCAACCCCCUAUCCACCUGUGGCAUCAUGUAGACACCUACACUGUAUGUAAACAUGGUCCGAGUGGUACCUGCUCUGAUUAUUAUUGCCCUCUAUUCACUUUCUCUGAGCUUUAAUAUCAAAUACAGUAUGUAGGAACUAAAAUUUAUGGAGGAUGUCUAGUCACUGGAGGAUUAACAGUUUUAACAGUACUUCUGGAAAUGUAAUCAAAAUGUCUUUGAUCUGGAUAUAAUUUAUUGCAAAUAUUUCUAUGCAUAGAUUUAUGGUAGUCACAAGUGGUAAACAAAAACUGAAUGCAUUGUAAGCUGAUGAACAAAAGCUCUGAUUAAUCAAGUAAGAUGCUUAUUUCUAUAUCUCUCAUACUCCAAAUAGCAGUAUAAUGGCAGCUCCUGUAAAUACAGAAAAUUGCCCUCCUUUGUUAACUAGAUGAGACCUGUCACUCUGACCAUCUUUAUAUACAGUGUUGGUGUUUUAACAGUUGGGGGUUCUGCAGGCAUGACUCGAUGCUGCCCCCUGUGGCCACUCUGAUAUAAGCUCUCCCCUCACCACCAGUUAAUAAGCCCAUCCACACGUUAUCUUUAAUAGCACAGAAGGUUGCUGUGUGGGACAAUGGACGUUGCUGCUGGACAAAUAUUAAGUAAAUAAAUGUAUUUUAUGUAUGGACUGAAAAUUUAUUCACCCUCUCUGUUUGGUUGGACGUGUUUGUCAUUGACAUCUCUUUACAUGCGAAU